UCGGCACGCUGCAGCCCUGGCAAUGCAGCUGCCCGUGGUCCGGCUGGUGUGGCUCGGGCGGGCUCACUACUCCGAACUGCUAGCGCUGCAGGAGCAGUGGCUGCGGCGGCUGCAGGCUGAGCCUCGCCCGGGGGCCCCGUCGGGGACCGAGGCGGGCGCGCUCUUGGUCUGCGAGCCGGCGGGGCCCGUGUACACCGGCGGGCUACGCGGAGGCCUGACCCCCGAGGAGAUUACACGGCUGAGGGCCUUGGGAGCCGAGGUGCGCGCCACGGGCCGCGGCGGCCUGGCUACUUUCCACGGCCCGGGGCAGCUGCUGUGCCACCCUGUGCUGGACUUGCGGCUCCUAGGCCUGCGCCUGCGCACCCACGUGGCGGCGCUGGAGGCGUGCGCCGUGCGCCUGUGCGAGCUCCGGGGGCUGCGGGGAGCCCGAGCGCUGCCGCCACCCUACACCGGUGUCUGGCUGGGCGAGCGCAAGAUCUGCGCUAUUGGAGUCCGCUGUGGAAGACACAUUACAUCCCACGGCCUGGCUCUGAACUGUUCUACAGACCUCACUUGGUUUGAGCACAUUGUGCCCUGUGGACUAGUUGGGACAGGAGUCACUUCCCUGAGUGAGGCGCUCCAGAGACUCGUCACUGUGGAUGAAGUAAUGCCGUCUUUCCUUGUGGCCUUCCAGGAGACUUUCAAGUGCACGUUAAUCUCUGAGGACAGCCCCAGCUGAUGGGCAUGGUGGGCCUGCGAUAGAACGCCCCUAGUCUGACUUGAGUCCCCAGAACUCCAUUCUAGAACUGCUCUGUGAUUUACUGACCAUGACCGAGGACAGAUCCUGAGCUCGGAGCUGUUGCUUCCUGGGUCUCCCCACCUACCUCAUGGAUCGAGAUGAAAACACUAUGAAAAGUCACAUGCUUCCAUGUUUCUCGGCUUGGCGACACUCCAGUGUUAUAAACUGUCGUUUCUUCAUUACUUUCUCAGUGCUGUAUCUAACAUCGAUUUUGGUCCAUAGGUCUUUUGAGUUCUGUGGGAAUCAAAUCUCUGUGGCCCAGGUGCAGUGAUGGGAUAAAGUGAUUUCAUUCUCAAAAGACCUGGGUCUGUCUUCAAUAAAGGGGACAACCUCUUAAAAAAUAAAUAAAUAAAAUGAGAUUUUUGCCUUUGGGGGUUGAAUCCCUCAGGUUUGAUAUUUUGCCUGUUUGUGUUUGGGGUCAAGAGAUGGGUUAAGAGGCCAUGGAAAAGACAAGGGUACUUCCUCCUUGCACACAAAUACGGUAUAGAGAAGAUUUUCCUACAUGGGAUCCCUGGAUCUGUAAGAAUGUCAGCUCUUGCUCAGUAACAGAACAGAAACUGUGAUUCAAGACAACCAGGAACACAUUACAUCGUUCUUUUUUGGGUCGGGAAUUUGGAAGAAACGUACCUAGGUUGUUUGGAGUCUUACUA